CGUGACAGCGAGCUUGUGCUCUUCUCCAUCUGCACAGGAGCUCUUCAGGGGGUAGAAAAUAGCUCUGCCGCAAAAAGCCAGACUACGACAUUUUCUUAUCCACUUCACCAUGCUGCAUGGACUGAAGAGUUGAGGGCCCCCCCAGAGAGGAGAGAUGGCAUCAGAGGGAGACCCUGACGCUCCCCCUGGGGAUGCAAGGGCUGUCCCGCUGGAUAUUGAUGACGUCCAUAUGCUGCUGCAAGUGGAACAGGAACAGGUCCAGAAGAGGACAUUCACCAACUGGAUCAACGCUCAGCUUUCCAAGAGGAGCUCUCCAUCCUUGGUGCAGGAUCUCUUUGCAGAUCUUAGUGAUGGAACUCGAUUGCUGGACCUGCUAGAGGUCAUGAGUGGCCAGCGCAUGAAACGAGAGAAGGGCCAUGGAGUCUUCCAGCAGAGAGGCAAUGUUGAAACUGCCUUGAACUUCUUAAAAAAUAAAUCAAUCAAGCUGGUGAACAUCAACAUCCCAGACAUCAUAGAGGGGAAACCUUCUAUUAUAUUGGGCCUGGUGUGGACCAUCAUCUUGCACUGUCAUAUAGAGGAGUUAGCCAGCACUCUCUCUUUUGGUUCACGCUCCUCCUCUCUGGAGUCUCUGUCCAGUCAGGAUUCAGCACCUGGAACCCCUGUACGAGGAAGUCCUGUCCCACGCAGAGCAUCACCGCUCCAUACACGCUUUCGUCUCUCUGCUAAAAAGGCCCUGCUGCUGUGGGUGCGGGACCAGUGUCGGAAAGUGGGCUGCUCUGUCAGCGUAAAAGAUUUCAAGUCAAGCUGGAGGAGCGGUGUGGCAUUCUUGGCCAUCCUCUGCUCCCUGAGACCAGACCUGGUGGACCUCUCCUUAACUGAAACCAGGAGCAACCUCCAAAACCUGGAAGAGGCCUUUGUCAUAGCCCAGCAGGAGCUGGGAAUACCCAGACUGCUCGAACCUGAGGAUAUCGAUAUUAGUAACCCAGAUGAGAAGUCUAUCAUGACCUAUGUGGCUCAGUUCCUGCAGUACUCCAAUGAUCUGCCCUCAACAGAUGAUGACCUUGAGGCAUCACCCAGUCAGAAGGUCAGAGAGAUGACCUGCUGGCUUCAGCAAGCGCAUGAGGAACUGCUGGAUGUAUGGUCCUCGACAGAGGGUGAAGGGUACACAGAGAGGUAUCAGGCAUUCCAGACCUUUAUAGGGUCAUUUUAUGAGCAGCGACGGCCUGUGAUGUCAAUGCUGAGUGCAAUGAAGCGCAGUGCAAAACUCAGUGAGGAGCAACUCGCCCUGAGAAAGGCAUGGGAUCUUAUGGAGGAGAGGUUGCAGCAGUACAAAACUGAACUGGAUGCAGCUCUGCCUGCUCCUCUACACACUCUGGGUAAAUGGCUACAGAAUAUAGAGUCAGUGCUGUCUGAGGAGCAAGGUGACUCUGAAGACCAUGCAGGAGCAGCCAGAGAUGCCAGAGAAAAGCAAGAGAAGCUCAAGGUCUUGCUAGGGGACAUGAGUGGGCACUUGGACACGCUUCAUCAGUUCUGCAACCCAGAGGAUGAUGCCAGCUCUCGAGUCCCUGCUGAAAAGCUUGAUGAAAUGAAGAGACGCUUCACCAAUGCCAGAGUGACAGCAAAGUACCAUGGCAUCAAACUGGAGUACCAAGAGCAGUGGCACCAUGUCCAUGAGCUCUUAGGUCUUCUGAAGAGCAAGCUGAAGUCCUGGAGAGGACCCUAUGGCUCUCAGGAGGCUGUGCUGUCCUUGAUGCAGGACUGGCAUGAUAGUAUCAACACACAGGGCCUGGUGUCUAUGCUAAAAGCAGCUCUUCAUAAACUGAAACAGACUGCCAGUACAUACACAAGCAAGGCAGCCCUGGCAGAGGCCUCUGGGGCAGUGAGCAGGCAGGUGAAGGAGACUGAAAGGGAGAUAGAAGUGAGCGUAGAAGAAGCAGCUGCAGUGAAGGACACUAUGGGCCGUGUGCUGGCUGAAUGGGAAUCCUACAAAGACUGCUCAUACUCUCUUCAGGUCUUCCUAGAGGGACAGACUCAGACUGCAGGGAAAGAGCAGACCUCCUGCAGCUUGUCUGAAUGGAGCUCCUGCCAGGCCAAGCUGAAUGAAGCAGGCAACUACCUGAUUGAGGUGACAGAGAGCUCCACAAGCUGGUCCCUGGCAGAUGAGCUCAGUAGACUCAAUACAAAGUGGGCUGACUUCAUCAAGAGGACUAAAUUUGCAGUGGCACCUCAGCAGCCUAGUAGUGUAGCUCCGGAUGCUCAGGCCACACAGAUGUUGCUGCAGGAGGCAGGGUGGACACUGAGAGAGGCUGUGGAAGUGUCGUCUGGAGCUCUGCGCAAAUAUAGAAAGAGACUGCGGGUCAUGGUAAAGAAGAUAUCAGAGUUAGAUCUGGACUCUUUAUCUCCAUCUCCAGAAUUCAAUGAGGAGGCGCUGCAGAAACUUAAAACCACAAUUCUAGAGAUGAGGGAGGAUCUCAGCAGGGUGGAGCAGGCUUGUGAGGGCCUGCAGAGAGGGGCGUCUCUGCUGGAAGGCAGGCUUGCAGAGCUGGGUCACUGGAGUACCGAGGCCAUAGAGGUCUGCCAACAGUUGAAGGAGUGGCAACACAGGCACCAGGGGCCUCACCCCAGAGUGAAAAAGCUGAUCAGCAGAGGGCUGCAGUUGGAAAGCCAGGUGGUGAUGGAGGCACAGGCUCUGCAGUCUACACUGGAAAAUGUGCAGAGGAGCUCCUCCCUGCCCUAUCUCAGCAUAUCUACCCUACAAGACAGAGAAAAACGCACAGUCAAACACUGCCAGGAGAUUAUAGAGAUCCUUAGCGGUAUGGGAGUAAAACAUGAGAGAGAGACUGAAGGUGGUCAGCCCCCUCCGAAGGUUGUUGUUCAUGCAUACAUCACUCCAGAGCCUCAAGCAGGAACCUUACAGAGACCUAAGACUCCACAAGAAAGUCUAACUCAGCCAAAGAGCCAACAGAGUUAUGGCUGUUCUCAGGUACAGAAACAUGUAAAAGCCAAACCUGGCACCCAACCUCAGGUCCUCUCUUUGGAUGGUCCUCAGGACGAGCCCAAUGUUCUAAAACAAACCCCAGCUGUGAUCUCAUCACGUCUGGGAAAACAGAGUCAAAUGGAGACCGAAAAAGAGGUUCAGAUUUUAACUAUAGGCCAGAGUCAAAGCAGGAUGUCAUUGGAGACACCUCAACAGUGUCCAGGCUCAUCCAUCUCCGACACCAGCUCUCAAAACUUGUGUAGUAUUCAACCCAUGGCUUCAGAACAAAAACAUACUGAUGCUCAGUACAAGUCCAAGCCUCAAACCACAACUACUACCCUACAUCAGCAACAUGGCCUUCUGAUCUUGAAAAGGCUCAGCUCUUUCCCCAGUCUCUGGAGGUCAUGCCAAAGACAGCGAGGCCAAGGCAAAACUCCAGGCGCUGCCCAGAUCCCUGGACAGACUGAAGUGUACUCUAAAGCUCAGGCCAUGGCUAGGAGUCGGAUGGAGAAGGCCAAACAGCGUCUGCAUGAACACAUAGAGGAGGUCAUCACCAUCUUCAGCAACAGAGUAAUAUCUGAAGAGCAAGCCAAGAGGAAGCAGGGGGCACUGCGACAGCUUAAGCCAGCAGUGUUAGAAGAGUUCCUGGAUGCUGUAGAAGGAGUCGGAGCCUUCUGCUCUGAGGCACAACUUGCAGUCAUGGAGGAUCUUUCUCUGUCUGUCAGGGCCCAGUGGGAGGCUGUGCGUUCAGCAAUAGAGUCCUUUCUGCCUGAUUUGUGGCGAGAGGUUCAGCGAAGGGAGUCGAUUAACAUGGCCGUUUUGAAAUGUGAAAUAGACACUAACACUGCCUGUGUUCCAGACCAAGUGUGCCGUGAACAGGCAUGUUCCUCAGUUGUAGAGCCCAGUGGGCGUCUGGAGGUUCUGCGGGGGCUUAGUGAGACAUUGAAACCCACAGCUAGCUCCUGUCUGGCCACCACUUAUCUGAGGGAGAGCAGGGGCAAGCUGAAGACUGUUCAGUAUCAACACAGCAGGGGGGAGCAAGCCCAGGACAGCACCCUGCUGAGAGAGACUGGACUGCCUGCUGACCAAUCACUAAACCAAGUACACUCACAGGGCAUCGUUCAGGCCAACAGCGUGGAGACCAAACAGACGCCCAACAGGACUGUUAUUCACAUUGGUCAAGCACAGGAAGAGGGGGCCACCUCUCAGGAAGCUCACAGCAGUGCUGCCCACUCAGCUUUCCAGCAGCAGCUACAGAUGAACACUGAGCAGCUGAGAACAGAGUUCCCUACAAGCUCCAGCCUCUCACCUGCCACCCUAAACGCACACCUGCAAGAACUCCAGGCAUACACUGGCGCAGCAGACAGAGGCUCUUUGGAUGGACUUGACCUCCAGAGCUCUCCACACAUGGAGGAUGGCUGCAGUGUUGAGUCAGAAAGAGUACAGCUCAUUCAGCAGUGGAGGGGACAGCAGAUCUGCUUUCAGGCCAGGAUGAAGUCAAUAGAGAAUGCUUUAAAGCUGUUAGAGCCCGUUGAUGUUCAUAUCAAACUGAUCUCUGAUCAGCUUAACCAACUUGCUCAAAAACCUGUUGACAUCACUGGCUUUGCCCUCACUGAUCGCGGAGCUCUACAUGGAGACAUGAAGCUUCUGGGUGAGAAUAUUCAAAAAGAACUGAAGAUCCUGGCUGAGUCUCAGAGUAAGGUGGCCAACUCUGCAGGCCUGAAUGAGGCUGAACUUCAGAACAAUUUGCCUCUACAGCAAACCAUUCAGAACUGCACACACCGUCUGCAGCAGCUAAACCAUCGACUGGGGAGAGCGCGGUCAGCGCUGGAGACUCUGGAACAGUUCUUGCCCCGCUUACACCAGCUGGACGUGGAGCUUUCCGCAACACCAGGCACACCUGCGUUAUCAUCAGCAGCAUCUAUCACAGAGAGGCUUCAGCAGGCGAGGGAGGAAGCUGUGGGGUUAGACCAUAUGCUGCAGGAUUCAGGGAUGAGUGUGAAACUGGGCACUUGGACAGGCAGCUGUCAGGACAUGGUGUCUACACUGGUCAGCCGUGCUGCAGAGAUGGAGGCAAGUGGAGGUGAAGGACUGAGAGGAGCACAAAGAAAGGAGGAAGAAGAGCAGAGGGCCCGAAUUCUAGGAAAGAAAAAGAAAGCCCUGCUGGCUGCUCUCAGGGAGGUGCAGGGAACGCUGGAGAGACAGAGCCUGAAGGAGCCCACUCUGCCUGCCCUGCAGCACAGGUUGCGUUGUUUGACAGACCUGGAGAGUAAGCUAGAUGCCCUACAUUCUGACAUCCAGAGUCUGCAGGAUGCAUCUGCACACACAGCGGGCCUUACAGAGCUGGAGGCACUAUGGAAGGAGACACACAGAGCGAUAACUGAAAGUCAGGAGGAGUGCCUUUCUCUGAUAGAGCUACUGAAGAAGUUCCAGAGUUGUCGCAGCCAUCUGGGCAGCACCCUGCAGAGAGCGGAGCAGACCAUCAGUGAGCAGGCCUCCUACAUGGGCAAAGACAAUCUUCAGCGGCUCAUAGACAGAGUCAGCAGUGUUAAAUCAGAGCUGAGUGCUCUUGGGGAUAGGGUGGAGGAGAUCAGGGCUGUCUGCAGACAGUUGCAGUCUCAGAUGAGGAAGAUUCCAGACUGCCUAGACGCUCCAUUUGAGAGCGAGGCUGAUGCACUCAUGGACCGCUGGCUGGAUGUGACUGAGAGGACAGACUGUCGUCUAGACAACCUGCAGGUUGGGUUGUCCUUAUGGGAGAAGCUCCUCCUAUUGGCUGGAGAAGUGGAUGGCUGGUCCACCCGCAAGCUGAUGUCACUUGCCCAGUCACAGCCCUUUCAGACAGAGCAGGAGGUCACUGCUAUGCAGGAGGAGCUGAGGACCCAGGAGAAAAACAUAGAACAUUUUCAUUGCAGGUCUGCUGAGAUCCAGGAGCUGCUACAGAACAGAGAGCACCCACUGGAGCUACAGGUGAUUGAAAGCCAGCUGAGGAAGAGAAUGGGAGAGGUGAAGGAGCUCUUCGCUGAAACUGGUGAUGUUUUCAAGGAGCUGGUGGCUGUCAAGGCUCAGGUGGCAGCCAGGAUGGCAGAGUGCAUGUCUGCCACACUCACAAUAAAAGAUACCCUGAACACACUCCAUGCAUCUGGGAGCCCACAGUUCUUUCAGGAAAUUCAGGGAUUAUCUGAGCAACUGCGGGCAGAAGAAGAGCAGGCGAAUACUGUGCUGCAGCAAGUGGCCCUGCUCACCAGUGUGGCCAGCCCUGAGAGCCUGAACACUCUGGCUGAGGAAGGAGCGCGCCUGCAGGAAAACAUCUGUACAGCCAAAGAGAUGAUUGUGCUGAGGAGAAAACAGGCAGACGGCCUCAAUAACGCCAAUGAUACAGAGAGAGAAGGUCUUAAUUCUCAAGGCUCCACUGUUCAGAGGACCCAAGAUCUUCCACCCAUACAACCAGACCUCAGUGACACUCAGCAUCCCCAGGGCCAAUUUUUGUCGUCUUCUCACAAGACAGAAGAUUCACCCCAUGAAAGCAAAGAAAAUGAGAAGACCCUUGAGGAGCCCCCGGAUGUCACACACCUGGAAGAAAGCACUGCCUUGGCCAGCAGACUGCAGGUUGACAUACUGGACACAGGCACCCGGACAGACACUGUGGAGAACCUAAAGGAACCAAAGGGAUUAUCUGAGCAACUGCGGGCAGAAGAAGAGCAGGCGAACACUGUGCUGCAGCAAGUGGCCCUGCUCACCAGUGUGGCCAGCCCUGAGAGCCUGAACACUCUGGCUGAGGAAGGAGCGCGCCUGCAGGAAAGCAUCUGUACAGCCAAAGAGAUGAUUGUGCUGAGGAGAAAACAGGCAGACGGCCUCAAUAACGCCAAAGAUACAGAGAGAGAAGGUCUUAAUUCUCAAGGCUCCACUGUUCAGAGGACCCAAGAUCUUCCACCCAUACAACCAGACCUCAGUGACACUCAGCAUCCCCAGGGCCAAUUUUUGUCAUCUUCUCACAAGACAGAAGAUUCACCCCAUGAAAGCAAAGAAAAUGAGAAGACCCUUGAGGAGCCCCCGGAUGUCACACACCUGGAAGAAAGCACUGCCUUGGCCAGCAGACUGCUGGUUGACAUUCUGGACACAGGCACAGAGAACACCCAGGCAGACACUGUGAAGAAACUAAAGGAACCAAAGGGAUUAUCUGAGCAACUGCGGGCAGAAGAAGAGCAGGGGAACACUGUGCUGCAGCAAGUGGCCCUGCUCACCAGUGUGGCCAGCCCUGAGAGCCUGAACACUCUGGCUGAGGAAGGAGCGCGCCUGCAGGAAAGCAUCUGUACAGCCAAAGAGAUGAUUGUGCUGAGGGGAAAACAGGCGGACGGCCUCAAUAACGCCAAUGAUACAGAGAGAGAAGGUCUUAAUUCUCAAGGCUCCACUGUUCAGAGGACCCAAGAUCUUCCACCCAUACAACCAAACCUCAGUGACACUCAGCAUCCCCAGGGCCAAUUUUUGCCAUCUUCUCACAAAACAGAAGAUUCACCCCAGGAAAGCAAAGAAAAUGAGAAGUCCCUUGAGGAGCUCACGGAUGUCACACACCUGGAAGAAAGCACUGCCUUGGCCAGCAGACUGCAGGUUGACAUACUGGACACAGGCACCCGGACAGACACUGUGGAGAACCUAAAGGAACCAAAGGUGGUGUUGGGACUGAAGGCUGAGGACAAUAGUGACUUGAAGGAGAUUGUCAAAGGUCAGACCCCCUUCAAGAGAGAUGGUCUAGGGAAGAGAGAAAGCCAGGAAAUCCUACAUCUGCUCAGUGACAAAGAUAAGAAGAACAGACUCCCGCAGGGUGAAGUGGGGCGUUUCCCCGCCCUACAGAACCAGCUGCAGCAGGUUGAGAAGAGGCUGCAGCUGCUGAAGGAGCAAAACGCAGAGCUGUCUGUGUUUUUCCCCUGGUUGGGGCUGGAUGAGAGGCGGGGGGCUUUGGAGCAGGCGCAUGGCCUCCUAGAGACAGCCCAGGUCCUGGGCUCUGAAAUAACAAUACUGAGAGACCAGAUGAAGGAGCAGACUCAGCUCAUAGAAGACUCCAGCUUGACUGAGCUGUCCUGCUGUAGUCUGGAGAACAGUGUCUCCAGCCUGAUCCAACAACUCAGUGACACAUGUAAAGGUCUUGAUGAGGGCAUUCAGAGAGAACAGCACUGCAGUCUCAUGCUGAAACAGUGCAGUGAAAUCCUGGACUGCUUGGAGAGGAGAAUGCAGAAGGAAGUAUCUGGGUCCCCUCAUAUAAAAGACCAGAAGUCUCAAUUGGAGGCUCUUAAAGACUUGCUUCAAGCUGUGGGUCAGGAGGAUAUGCGUCUGCAGGUGAUUGAAACUCUAACUGCUGCUUUGCUGAAGAGCUGCACUUUAGAGGGUCAGUUGGCCCUGUCUCAGGAUGUCCAGGCUUUGCUCGAUAAGAGGACAAUGCUACAGAAGUCCAUUCACAAACAACUUGGCCGUCUAGGAUAUCAGAAGACAGAAGAAGGAUGUUUUGAGGUAGCUUCUGACAAUACAGAGGAGGACAUGGACACUGGAGAUGACCAGAUCAGAACGGAACCACAUCCUUCAAACAAAAUUCUUCAGCCUACAUCUAUUCCCCUGCAAAGGGAGAAUAUGGAUGGAAGACAAGCUACUGCAACUAGCACUGCCCACAAGGGUACUAGCCAUAUCAGUGCCUUGAGCAGCCAUCCUCUGGACACAGCAUCAAUAGAAGUAAAGCACAUAAUCCAAAAGCCAAUUGCUGAUUCAGUGGCAAUGAAUAGUCAGAAAUCUGAAACAGAGAUCACUACCACAGUGCCAUCACAGCAGGAGUUCCAUGCAGAAGCAAGCUCAAAGGACCACUCAGAUUCAGACAGCAAUGCCUGCUCACAGCUAGAAGAAAUGUCCAGAUCCAGUGUGUCUGGAGGAGGACAAGAUGAAAAAAGAGACUCCAAAGACAAAAGUAAGGAGAAGAGGAGACACAUCCAAGACCAACCUGCUGAAGGAUCAGGAUGGACCAGGUUAUUGGACAUCAUCACAAAUGUUCAGCCACUAAUGGAUACCAGCACUGUUUACCCACAGGAGAAUCAGUCUAGAAGUGCUACCUGGUUCCUGGAGCCGUCACCCACAGACUCAGGGAACCGACUGGAAAGGACUGUCCUUAGGGUUCUGAGAUGUCGAUACCAACCAGCCCAGCUCAACACUGAACUUAUGACCCGGCAACUUCAGGAAGCUGAGAAGUGUAGACAGUGUGUUGUGGAGCAGGUGACUGCACUGCCUCAGAGUGUAGGCAGUGGUUAUUCCCAGCAGAGUCCAUCUAUGGAGGGGAGACAGAGUGCAGCACUGCUCGAUGCCUCAGCCACAGUACAGGUUAAAGAAGCUCAGCUUCAUCAAGUCACACAGUAUCAUCAGCAAGUACAGGCACUCCAAGACACUCUAGAGGAUUUGGAGGCAGAACUGGGUGCACUGAGUCUGGGUUCUUUGCAGAGCAGCGUAAUCCAAGCAGAAAAGUUACAUGCAUUCCUUAAGAGCAUGAAGCAGAAGAAGGGCUUGUUGGAAGAACUUCUGCACACAUGCUGCCAGGUAUCAGUCCAUCUAGGGGAAGCCGAAGGCCCAGUGGCAUGCCUACUUCAGGUGAAGAACUUACAAGAGAAGUGGCAACUUCUAGAGGCUACUGCAGAUCGGACUCUGAGACAUACAGACAUUUGUGCAUCAGAAGCUUCUAUACUGCUAAAGGAUGCUAAGGUUCUUCUAGGUGAUCUGGAGACUCUCCAGAUAACUUCUCCCUCACUCUCCUCUCAGACACAUGUACAGUGCCAAAGUGCCGUGCAGAGAAUGAUCACGUUGUCUGACUUUAUGGAAAUGAAUGAACGCUAUCUGUACCUCCUUGAACUCUGUCAGGAUCUUUUCCAGUGUCCUCUAGGGGAGAAAGAGAGGGAGGACAUUGAGCAAGCCUUACAAAAUGUGAAAUCACGGUUGGAUUGUAUGCAGGAGAAGCUUGGUACUCAUGUGACUAGUUCCAGUGACCACUCACUGACCAAGAUCACUGAAAUUAUGAAGGACUAUUUCACCUGGGCUAAGCAAACAGAGUGCAGAGUCACCAGGAGAAAAAAGUUGGUUCUCUUUCCUGAGGAGGCUAGUCAGCAGGUAAACAACAUGAACAAACUCCAGGUAGAAAUAUCAUCCAGAAGAUCCCAAUGUGCCUCUGUUGUUAAGAAGCUGAGAGAGGAGAUUACUGGACUCAAUGAGCAGGAGUCCUCUGUUAUGUUUUCUGCACUCGAGACCUUAGAGAACAUGUACAGUAAGAUUGCAGAAAUGUCAGACUGUGCUGCUGUGGAACUCAACCAAAUGUUGCAUGCAAGACAGAGACUGGACAGUCAGAUCACAGAAAACCGCACCUGGCUGACUUCACUGUUAGAAAAAGAGUGCAGUAAAAGUGCAGCCGUUGAGCUUGGAACCACCGUUGCAGACUUGAAGGUCCAUCAUCAAAGGCACAGAGUUGCUUUGCAUGAAUGUGAGAGACGACUAGUUGUCAUUCAGACACUUCUAGAUGAGAUAAAGGACAUGUUUCUGGGUCUUAGCAUUGCAGAGAGCUUUCACCUUGUAGAUAAACUUACCACCUUGCGAGCAGAGGUUAACGGAGUUGUUAGACGUAAGAGAACCUCAUGCUGGGAACUGGAGGAACUCUUGCAUGCCCAGGAAUCAUCUGCAGAAGAAUUUGCAGCCAUACAGAAGAGCUUACGCCAAAUGACUUCUGACUUUGAAAGGCAAAGGUAUCCUGUAACACAGGAGGCACUUUCUGCUUUUGAGCCUGUGAGACACAUGCUGAUAGAGCAUCUAUCUCAAGUGCAGGAAGCACAGCACUGCCAGGAGCACCGGAGGAAAGAUCUACUACACACCAUCCUAACUUUACAAGGGAGAGCGAGGCUGUUGGACCAGCAGGCCAAAGUACAUGAGGAAUACCUGACCUCCAAGCAGCAUUUAGAGGCUUGCAGUGAGACAAUGAAGAUGAAAGUUCCUUUGGUCUCGGAUGCAAGCACAGAAGCUAGUAAGCGGCUCAGAUUGGGUCAGACCCUGCUAGUGGAGUUGCCCUUGCUGAAGAUAUUCUGUCAGGAGACUGCUGAUCAACUGGAGGCUAUUUCUGCUGACCUCUAUCCAUCCCAGCUGGGCUCAGAGAGGCAAAAAAUCCGCAGCAUGGUUAAAAGCCUUGCUGCAUGGGAACAUCUUGUUAGCAAUGAAGUUAAAGACCUUGAGCACUCUCUAGUGGAGGACCUCAGCAAUCCCAUGGAGCUGACAGCACUGACUAAACUUUUUGUGAAAUCUGAAGAGCAGCUAAAGCAGAGCAAUGGCCUGGAGCCCAAUGACCACAGCAUUACAAAUGAACUACGAAAGUGUUGGACACUUGAGAGGACUGUGGAGUCAGCAUUGCGAAUGUUGGAGGCCUGCAAAGAUCAUCCACCAGCAGAAGACUAUAGAAAAAUCACUGACACAGGGAGAAAUUUUUUGAAAGAAUGCAAGAUGCACACGGAAAAGCUACUUCAGGCCAAGGAAGCCCUGAAAGAAUACCAGUGGGCUGUCCGUGGAGCUGUGGGUUUCCUUCAGCAAGUUGAGUUCAGACUCCUUAUUCCUUCAUCCAGCUUUAAAGACUGUACAGAGGAACUGCGCCAUAGUCAACAAACCCUUGCUAGUCUGUCUGAAGGAUUCCAGGCUCACAUGGCUGAAAUCCAGUCCCGAUUGCCCCAACAAGCGUGCUUUUCCGUUAUUCACACUGAGAAACUCCACAUUCAGGUGCUCAGCCAGCUUCUUGUGAGUGAUGCCAUACUGGAAGCCCAAGCUCAACUCAAACUGAAGACCCUUCAGAGGUGCUUAAUGAAGCAGUCCAUUCACAGUGAACACCAUGAUGAAAUCAACCAGCUUCUCAGAAAUUUUGACUGCAAACUCUCAGAAAGCUUCAGUCACAAACCAACAUGUAUAGACAAGUGCAAAGAUCAGCUCCAAGAAAUUAAGGUGCUUCAAGAGGAGUUGGAAAGCAUGGAUCGAAGACUAGAAGAGCUGAGAGAGAGUUGCCAGGUCCAAGCUUGUAAUGUCGCUGCUGAUCGGACGCUGGGAAAGCUGUGGAGACACUGGGCCAUGCUGCAGCAUCGGCUGGAUGCCUUCAAAUCUAGAGUGGUGCAUACAAAGACAGAAUGGAAAGAAAUGAUGCUAAGGAUCAACAAAUCCAGAGACGCUCUUAACCGACUCGGUGGUAGCCUCACUGAUUUUUCCAAAAUGAAAAGAUCUCUGGGGAACCUUCAAGAGAUCCUGGCCCAAACCGAGCAACUUCAGGAUGCGCUAGAUCAAGAACACCUCACCGUAGUCUCUCUGCAGCGGCGCUAUGGAUCAAACCUGCAGGAUCUUAGCACACUCACUGAGCUGAGUCAGGAAUUGCAGUCUCUUCAAAGUUACUGUCGAAGCCUAAGGGAACAAAUCAGUGAGGUGAGACGUGAUGUACUAUCAGAUAUUCAAGAAUGGGGUCGCCUGCAGGAGGAACAGAAGGCAGUGCAGCAGGGUGUUUUCUCACUUCUGUCUGUCCUGCAGAACCAGUCAGAUCCCUCACACUUACAGGAGAUGAAAGUAGAGUUGGGAUCUCAGCAUGCAAGACUGCAGGACAUUAUGAACAGGGUGAAGAAGAGGAGCAAUGAGCCACCUCAGGAGAUCCAGACUUUACAUGAAGAAAUCACUGUCUGCCUGCAAGAAGUCAAAGAGAAAGUGAAGCAGGCCAUUGAGAGAGCUAGCCCUCUUCACAGAAUGAGCGAGCAGCUGGGUGAGGUGACUGUGGGCUUAACUUGUGUGCAGGCCCUGCUCCAAAAAAAGAGUUCCAUGGUAAAAGAAGCUGAAAACACACUGAAGCGUGUAUGGGAUGAGUUAGAUCAGUGGCACUCUCGGAUAACUGAGCUGGAAGCGGAGGUUCAGGAGCUGGCUGAGGAGCAGCCUGAACGAGCUCACAUGCUCAUGGAUGAGCUCACCAAACCACUGCAGUUCUACCAGGCUGUAGCCAAACAGGCAGAGCAGAGGACCGCCUUCAUUAGCAGAAUCCCUUCGUGUCUACAAGAGUAUGAGGAUAUUCUCCAUAGUUCUACCCGCUGGCUGGCUGAAGCUCAGUCCUGGUUGGAUACCCCACAAACCUACACCACUGCCAAGUGCCUCCACAGCCAUGCCAGCUCCUUACAGAUGGUGCUGGGUGAGUCAGAGGGGAUCCGAAGUGCUCUGGAGGCUAUUGGGCCUGCUCUGGAGGAGAUCUCAGCAGUGUGUGACACCAGUUCUCAAGAGCAGAACCUUCUGCAGGUCCACACCAAUGUCAUCCAUAUGCAGCGCCGCGCUAUGGAGCCACUCACCCAGCUCCAGCAUGUAGCAGCAGAGAUGGAUGCCAUUGAAGCAGAGGUGAAGACAACAGAGAAGAAUGUAACAAAGAUCCAAACCAUCUUAUCUACAGUGGACACAGAGGACAUCCCCUUAGAGGAACAUCUCCAGAACAGACAGGUAAUCCUGGACAACCUCAAGGUAAUGAAGAGAACCAUAGCUGAGAUUGAGAGGUGCAGGGCUGGCCUGGGACUGCCUGCAGGCGCAGAACACACUCUGUCAGCCUUCCACAGAGCCCAGCAGCUUCUGCAGCCCAUCCAUGACCUACAGCAGCUUACUGAAGAGCAGAGUGGUGUAAUUAGGGUUGCUAUCGGUCAUCCUGUAGACCUUGUCUCUCCCUCUGAGCAAGUAAUGGCAUCCAGCCUGACCCUGCAGUGUCCUGGAGAUUUAAUGCAGGUGCCUGCCGAAAUACCACAUGCUGGGGAAGAGGAUGAUGAUGAUUAUGAGGAUGAAGGCAGUCACUCUUCCUCUGAGACUCUCACAUGCAGUGUUCCAGAGGACCUGGACGAGAUUCUGAUGGAUGAGGAGCUUGCUGAAACCGAUGCUACCAUUGUGGUCCCAUUGUCUGUCUCUAAGGAAUCACCUCUGAAAGAGACAAAGUCCAUGGAGUCUGUACCUUUGACAACUGAGUCUAAACCUGGAAAUACGGGUUCACAUACACAGCAUACAGGAUCCAUUACUGCAGAAAACAGCUCAGUUUUUGUGGACACUGAUUCUGUGCCUGCGAUCGCUGACCGACCUGUUGAUACACUAACACCGGUAACAGUUGAACCUACUUUGCAACUUGCUUUAGCAUCUGAAAUUAAUGAAGAAACCAAGGAAAUGCUCAAAGACAUCAAACAAGCAGAAACCUUGUCUGAGGAGCCUAAAGGACCGACAGUGAAAGAUUCAGUUAAAUCAGAAAAGACAGAGACAUCUGCUAUACAUCCUGAUGGGGAAGAUAAAGACAAGGAGGCCACUAAUGUGGGGUCAAAGACUCAGGAGACAUCAACAGACCAGUCCGUCUCCAAACCCACAAAUAAUGAAGAAGACACAUGCACAUCAGUCAGUAAGCAGGUGCAGAGUGAGCUGAGAGAGCAAAGAGAUCUGAUUGAGGCCAUUGCUCGCCACGGCAGCAGCUCUGAUCUUGAGCAAGAGGAGCAGACACAGACACAAAUGCAUUCCAGGUCCAGUGGUGCGAGUGUUCCUGGACAGGCAGUGGAAAGAGCUACGGCCAUAGAGACGUGGACCAAGCUUCACCACAGACUGCAGGCUCUACUGGACGCCUUAAACACUGUGCAAGACAGAACUACAUCAGAGGGGACAGGGUUAGCUGAAGAUGAGGUGGAUAGUGAUAUAGGACCUUCCCUCAUACAAGAAAUGCAUAGACAUGCUGAGCAACUUCGCCGUAUCCGUCAAAAUGCAUGCAGCAUGGGAACCACGGCUGCUGUAGCAGAGGUAUGGGGAGCUGUUCAGCCUGAGCUGUGCGAGACUCUGACAGGUCUGAGUCAUUCACUCUCCAGCAUCACUCGGACAGUACACACACCAUCAGAAAGAAGCAAGGAAGCCUGCCAGCUCCAACUGCUAAACCUGCAGUGUGUAUCAGCACAGCUGGUGUCUAUAAGCAGUGAGAUAAGCAGUAUGGGCUCAGAGAUCACUGAGGCCUUGGGUCCGGAGGCAUCUGUCAUGUCUGCCUGCCUGGAGUGUCUCCACAGCUGCAUAUCCUCAUCUCAGAAAGCCCUGUCAUCCCAAGAGGAGCUUCUGAGCAGACAGCUGGGUCAUACACCUCAGCUUCAGGCUGGGAAACAAUUACUUGAAAGCCCAGUGUUGGUGUUGAAGGCCAAAGAGGUUCAGCAAAGUGACUCAAGAAGUCUAAUUCAGGAUCGACCCAAACUACAGAGUGUGCAGGGCAGUGUAUGGAGCUCCGUUCGAGGGCUGCAGUGCUCAGUAGCAGAAGCUCCAGCACUACACCGCAGCUGUCAGGCACUUCUGCAGGCCUUGAGGGCUCUACUAGAACUGGGCUCUGAGCGAGUGCAAAGCAGCCAAGUCCCAAAACCUCACAGCUGCAGUGAGCUCCAAAGCCUCCUCAAAGAACACAAGAAGUACUUCCAGGAGUUGAAGAGCUACCACGUGAUGAUACGGCAUCUAUCUGAGAAGCUACCAGACGAGGCGCUGCAGGGUCAAGAAGAAGUUGGGCAAUUGGUCACUGAAUUACUCUUACAGGCUCAAGAGCAAGGAGCUCACAUGCAGUACAACUUACAGGAGUGGUCUCAGUAUGAAGAAAUAAAAGGAAGACUGUGCAAGCAGCUGGAGGAGCUGGAGGCCACCAUGCCCAAUGAAGGCCUGGACAGUGAACCUGCAGCAGAACUAGAGAAACGACUGCAGACCUACCAAUGGUUCCAAGGGAUGCUGGAGGAGAGCAGGCCUCAACUAGGUCUGCUGCAGGACUUGAGCAGAACACUGCAGGCCCAGGGCAGUUAUUGGGAGCGAGCUGGUCUGCCUGGUCCUGGAGAAGGACUGCAGGCUAACUGGCGGGCUUUCUGCAGACGGCUGGAGCAUGAGAUCCAACUCACAAAGGAGAUGAGAGUCAACUAUGCUAGGUUUCAGAGCAGCUCUGCUGAACUGGAGGCGUGGAUGGAAACUGCACAUGCCCAAGUGCAGAAAUGUAACAGCAUCUUUGAUUCUAAUCCACAAGACUCAAAACUGCUUCUGCCAAAACUCAUGGAGUUCUGUAGGGAGUUGGAGAGCAAGUCUGUGCAGAAAGCUGCUGCAGUAAGAGCAGGUACUCAGAUCCUGCAGCUGUCAGACAGUAAUGCUCCUGAACUGCACAAACAUUUAACUCAGCUUGAGCAAGACUGGACAGAACUCAGUAACACUCUCCCCUCUGUUCAGUACACACUGCAGCAGCUGUUGGCAGGCCUGGACCAUGGUGAGGUCAUGGCUGAGCUGACCUCCUGGCUGGAGCACAUGGAGGGCAGACUGGAGGAGGAGAGCUCCAGAGAGCACCACGUCCUGAAUUGCUCUGAGCUCACCACGCUUCUACAGCAGCUAAAGGACUGUAAAGCAGAAGUUACCAGCCGGCAACAAUGUGUAGACUUCCUCAGCCAGUCUGUUGAGGAGGUGGGCUUUCUGGAUGACCCGGGCAGUCGUAAAGAGCGUUUGCGCCUCGCUGAGCAACUGGGGGACCUUAAUCUCCGCUGGAUCCUCCUGCAGAGGACGAUUGACAGCCAAAUACAUGAAAUGCAGCACAAAAAGCAGGACUGCAAGAAAAGAGAGGGGCAUCUGCAGCAACUGCGCAGCUGGAUCUCAGAACAACAAGAAAGGAUGAGAGUUAAUGAGAGGCCAGCAAGCUGGACACAGAUAGAGCAAGCCUUAAGGGAUUAUAAGGAGGAGGAGGAGAAGCUGAAUUUGACAUCAGCUGAGCUGCUGCAGUUGAGAACUCUUCACCUGCUGGGCCAAAAAGAUGGGCAGCACCCCAUGGAUCAGGCAUUCAACUUGGAGGUGGAGAGCACCAUUCAGCUGUGCCAAUCUUUGAGGCAGCAGAUGUGUACUGUACAGGCUAAUCUGGUCAUGCUGAAGGAGCAGUGGACACACUUUGACACUGAGCUGAGGGAUGCAGCUCUGCACACAGCAAGCAUGAGCUAUAAGCUUGAGUCCAGCAAAACCCCACUGUUUUCACUCCAGCAGAGCAAAGAACAUGUUGAAGAACUCCAGGAGCUUCAGAUGGAGCUAGAAAGGUCAGAAGAGGCUUGGACCAAAUUAUCUAGUUUUUGCUCAGACCUGAAAGGCAAAAUCCACCCUGAUGCAGCUCUAGUUCGGUCUGAUAGCCUGGACAGGGAGAAAACACGGUGGACGGUGGUGGUCCAGGAUGUGGGUGCGGAGCUACAGAAGGCUCAAAGUGCGCUGCAUCUCUGGCAGGACUACAGGCUGCUCCAUGGAGACUGCUCUGGGCACUUGAGCCGCCAAUGGCAGCAGUAUGAAGCGCUCCUCAGCCCCCUGGCCGAAGAGGAGAACAGCACAGAGCUGCUUCACGGCAGGCUCAGCAGCAUCAGCGUUUUGGAGAAUGAAAUGGAAGCCUUGCAGAACAAUGUUGCAGAUGUAUUGGUGGUCUCUAAGCCUCUCAUUGCACAGAUGGAGUCCCAUGCAGCCCCUGUGAUCCAGACAGAGACCAGGCUGCUCUCACGUGAUCUUGUGCGUCUGGGCCAGGCAUUGGUUAGAAGAAGGGUAGAGCUCCAGGAGGAACUGGAAGACCAUGUCAGCUUCAAUACUGAUUUGGAAUCUUUAGAGCAGCAUCUGAAAAGCUAUGAAAACUUAAUAGUCUCCACCACUGCAAGCACAGAGUGCCUAAAGCUGGGUCUUAUGGAGCAGAGUGGUCUGACACCUGACCUUGGAGAUUUGAAUAAACGCAGCCUCACACUGACCCUCAGUGCAUGUGAGGCCAAACACCUGCGAGUCCUCAACACACAGUGGGUGCAGGUCUUCUCUCAGGCCACAGCCAAGCACAGGGGGAUGUAUAGUGAGGAGUUAUGUGCUCAGAGUUUCCAGAAGAAGUGCCAGGCGUGGAUGGAUUUAUUGGAGAAUGUGGAGUCCGGCCUGUCCAAUGACAUUUCUGGAAAUCAUUCUUCAGUAAGAGAACAACUUUCUCUUCACCAGAAGCUGAAGAUGGAAGUUCUCAUUGGUCAGCAGCUCCUGGAUACUGUGGUCAGUGAAGCUUUGAGACUUCUGGAGAAAGGUCAGAUAGUGGACAGGAGAGAUCUGGUCCUGAGGUUAACCCAAUUAAAGGAGCGCUGGCAGGGCACACUAUGUAGGGUCCAACAGCGCAGCAGAAGUUUGGAGCAGCUGACAGAUAAAUGGAGACUCUAUAGUACAGACCUGAAAACUCUGUGGAAGCUUCUUAGAGACUUAGAACCUCUCCUGCCCCCUGCUGGCCUGGCGCUUUGCAGCCUUCAGCAGCUCCAACACUCCAUUCAGGACUAUGAGCAGGCUGAGGAACAACUGAGUGUCCAUGAAGAACUCUACACCCAGACCAUACAGACAGGCAGGCAGAUCCUUGUCCUGGCAGAUGCCCAGACACAGACCAAGCUGAGUGCUGAGAUGGGGGCCUUGAAAGAGGCCUGGGAGCAGAGCCGUGUUCUGGUAGAGAAGAGAAAAGCUCUCACAAAAACUGUCAUUCAGAACUGGAAUAACUGUGAGACUGGACUUGCUGAGAAUGCGCUCAAGCUGAGAGAGAUUAACGUCAAACUGAAGCAGCAGGGGGACAACUUAGAGCUUCAAGAGAAGCUCUUGCAGGAGCACAGGGACUCUCUGGAACUGUGGGCAGGAGGACUGAAGGAGCUGGCCACCAUGAAGGCGGAUGUGUCCCAGUACGUGCUGCCCACGGACGCCGCACUGCUCCAGGGACAGGUGGAGGAACUUCACAGUCAGUGGGAAGAACUUUGCUUGAGGGUGUCCAAGCGCAAACAAGAGAUCGCUGAUCGCCUGAAUGCAUGGAUCAUUUUCAAUGACAAAAACAAGGAGCUCUGUGAGUGGCUAGCGCAGAUGGAAAAAAAGGUGACCCACAGCAAUGAACACCUCAGUAUCGAGGAGAUGGUGGAGAAACUUAAGAAGGACUGCAUGGAGGAGAUUAACCUCUUCAGUGAGAAUAAGAGCCACCUGAAGCAGCUGGGGGAGCAGCUCCUUUUAGCCAGCGACCGUGCCAAAGAGGCCGAGAUCCACGGAGCGCUGCGUGAUGUCAACGACCGUUGGCAGCACCUGUUCGACCACAUUGAGGCCAGAGUGAACAAGCUGAAGGAGACUAUGGUAACAGUGCAGCAGCUGGACAAGAACAUGAGUAACCUGCGGACAUGGCUGUCCCGCAUUGAGGCUGAGCUGGCCAAACCCGUGCACUACAGCAUCUGCCAUGGAGAUGAGAUUCAGAAGAGACUAGCAGAGCAGCAGGAGCUGCAGCGGGACAUCGAACAGCAUACUGAGGGUGUAGCGUCGGUCCUCACCCUGUGCGACGUGCUCCUGCAUGAUGAGGAUGCCUGCAGCAGCGAUAGUGAAAACGAUUCCAUUCAGCUGACCACUCGCAGCUUGGAUCAGCGCUGGAGAAACAUCUGCUCCAUGUCCCUGGAAAGAAGGAUGAGGAUUGAGGAGACAUGGCGGCUGUGGUCUAAGUUUCAAGAGGACUACUCACGUUUUGAGGACUGGCUAAAUCUGACUGAGCGUGCAGUGGCAGAACCCAACUCCUCUGAUGUUCUCUACACUGUUGCCAAAGAAGAGCUCAAAAGAUAUGAGGCAUUCCAGAGAGCAGUGCAUGAGAAGCUGACCCAGCUGGAGAUCAUUAAUAACCAGUAUCGUCGUCUGGCCCGGGAAAACCGGACAGACACAGCCAGCAGACUCCGGGCUAUGGUGCACCAAGGCAAUCAGCGCUGGGACACGCUGCAGAGGAGAGUGGCAGCCAUAAUACGCAGGCUGAGGCACUUCACAGCCCAGAGAGAGGAGUUUGAAAGCACGCGGGAGAGUCUGCUGGUCUGGCUGACUGAGAUGGACCUGCAGCUGACCAACGUGGAGCACUUCUCAGAGAGCGACAUCCACCAAAAGCUAAAACAGCUCAAUGGCUUUAAGAAGGAGAUCACUCUGAACACAAAUAAGAUCGACGCGCUAAUUGUGUUUGGGGAGGGCCUGAUCCAGAGGAGCUCUCCGCUAGACGCUGCUCUUAUAGAGGAUGAGUUGGAGGAGCUGCACUCUUACUGCCAGGAAGUGUUCAGUCGAGUGGCCCGCUUUCACCAGCGCCUCACCAGCCCUCGACCUCUGCUGCUGGAGGAACCAGAGCUCUGUGGCACUGAGAGCACCGCAGAGACAGAAGGUUCUGAUCUGGCGGAAGUGAGCCAGAACAUAAGCCAGCCAUCCAUGUGCCUCCUGGCCCCACCACAGGAGCGCUCAGGCCGAGAAACACCUGUCAGUGUGGACUCUAUCCCCCUGGAGUGGGACCACACAGGAGACGUGGGGGGUUCCUCCUCACAUGAGGAAGAUGAGGAUGGCAGUUUUUUCAGUAGUCUCUCAGUUCCAGGACAGGACGUGGCUGUGGCUCAGAAUUGGAGCUCCCAGUCUGUCCCAGAGAGGAAGCCCCUCACCCUGGACCUUGCUGAUACGGAGCACCCCUCACCUACACAAACCAGCACACCCUAUAAACAAGACUAUGUUCAGCUCAUGUCCCAGUGCAGCGGCAGCAUUAAGAGUGUGAAGAAAGUGUCUCUGAUCCUGGAUGCAGAGCAACAACAGGAGGACCAUGGCCUUACUGGACUCACUGCUGCAGACAAACAGUCAGGAGUAAUUGAGCGCUGGGAGCUGCUGCAGGCGCGUGCGGUCAGUGAGGAACAGUGCAGCAGCAGAGAUCCUCAAAAGCUGACAUCUGAUCUGCAAAACAUUACCUCCUGGUUAGGCCGUGUCACCCCUGAGCUGGAGAGACUCCAGAAGGCUGAGACAUCUGUCAGUGUGGAGAUCAUGGAAGCCAGAGUCAAAGAGCUUAAGGAAAUGCAGAAGGCCUUUUCUCGCUAUAAGACCCUGAUGCUGUCACUGAACCUGGGUGGGCGAGAGUUGCAGUGUGAGGCCAGUACUGAAAUGCAGCAGCUGCAGGAGGGCUUGCGCAACAUGAACCAGGGCUGGACCCAGGCCUGCAUGGGCCUGGAGGGCUGGGAAGACAGUCUGCGAAACUCACUCAUGCGCUGCCAGGAGUUCCAUGAAAUGCUGCAUUCUCUCUUACUGUGGCUGGCCCACGCUGAGAGCAGGAGAUACACAGUAAAUAUCCUUGACCCCGCUGUACCGCCCUCCAAGCUGCAGGAACACAAAACUGCAUUGAUGGGUCUGGAAGAGGAGCUGAAGAACAGGCAGAAGCAAGUGGGUUCUCUGCAGGAGAUCGCCUCAGAGCUGCUCCCUGAGUCAGGGGCGGAGGAUAACUCCGAGACCAGAGAGAAACUCCACGUCAUUGGCAUCAAAUUACGUCUGCUACUGCGGCAAGUCAAGCAGGACCUCCAGACUGUUCAAGAGCGACUGGAGUCAUCUGAGGCAGUGGCCAUGAGUAAAGGACAAGGUCUGGGAUCUUCAUCUAAGGAGCUGGCAGCUGAGGCUGGUGCUGGGAGUAGAUCAUUAGGCUCCAGCAGGGUGGAGAAGAGGGACCCCUCUCCUCAGCGUUCUUUCUUCGUUCGGGUUUUGCGAGCUGCCUUCCCCCUGCACCUCCUCUUCCUCCUGCUGCUGGUUCUAGCCUGCCUGGUGCCGCUGUCUGAGCAAGACUACAGCUGCACUCUCUCCAAUAACUUUGCCCGCUCUUUCUAUCCAAUGCUGCGCUACACCAACGGACCUCCUCCCACAUGACAACACAUACACUGACCGACAGGCUGGCCUGCAUCCAACGCCCAUAAAUCCAGACUCCCAAAGCACUAAGGUGUGCAUAUUGCUACUGUCCAAAAAUGUAUUUUUAACCUUUGUAUUUAUAAAUUUAAUUUUAUACUAUUUAUUCCCCAGUGAGAGCCAUACUACUGAGACGUUUUUAAUGCUACAGAUCCAGUCCAAUCAGGUUGUAUGUGUGUCCCUGUACUAAUGUGACUGUCACUGAUUCAUGCAGGUUUAUAAUCAUGCAAAACAGAUUUUUAUGCUUCAAAUGGAAGCCUGAGUUUGAGAAUAAUGGUAAUCAGUUGUCUGGUCAUUAUUUCAAAUCUACACGUCUGUGUGUGUCUGCUUAACAUGCAAAGAUAAAUAGAUGCCACAGAAUGACACAAACGAGACAGAAUGACUGUUGUUACUCCAGAUAAUAUGUGUGUGAAGUGUGAAGUCACGAAACAUUACAAAAUGGCAAUUUAUAUAUUCAUAUUGAGCCAUUACCCUUAGUUGCUUUAGUGUAAACAGAAUAUGGAUCAGUGAGAGUGCACUGUAGUAUGUGAAUUCCAAGAGGACAUUUGUGUGUACAGUAACACAUUUUUUGACAAGUAAUUGAAUGUAUUCUCUUUUUUGGCAAUAAACAUUCUUAUUCAAAUGAA